UUUGGUUAAUUAAGUUGCAAUUGAGUUACCAGACAUACACCCCAAUCCAGAAAACCAAACCAAAAAACAUUGAAACUCAACAAACAAUUUUUUUUUUUUAUUUAUAUAAAAGGCAGAGGAAGAAGCUGCCAUUAUUCCACAACAAGCCAAAGACAUUAACAUAAAAAAAAUUCUGUAUCUAUCUCUUGCUGCUGAGAACAACUUUGUUGCAAAUUAUUAAUUAUAUCAAUUUAUCUACAUUCUUCAGAUAUACAAGCAAAUAUGGGAGAGAUAUCAUCAAGCUUUCAAUUAGGUGUGAUUGGUGCACUUUUUCUUUCAGUGGCUUCCUCAGUCUCCAUUGUCAUUUGCAACAAAGCUUUGAUGAGCAGCCUUGGCUUUCCAUUUGCUACAACUCUUACAAGUUGGCAUAUGAUUGUUACAUUUGGCACACUUUAUGCUGCUAAAAGACUUAAAUUCUUUGAGGCCAAACCCAUUGACAUGAAGACAGUCAUACUUUUUGGCAUUCUAAAUGGUGUCUCCGUUGGAUUCCUCAACUUGAGCCUUGGCUUCAAUUCCAUUGGAUUCUACCAGAUGACAAAACUUGCAAUUAUACCAUUCACAGUAUUGCUGGAAACCGUUUUUCUCAAAAAGGAGUUCAGCCUAAAAAUAAAAUUCUCUCUCUCCCUUUUACUUUUGGGAGUUGGCAUUGCUUCAAUCACAGACCUUCAGCUCAAUUUUCUUGGAACAAUAAUUUCAGUUCUAGCUAUCAUAACAACAUGUGUUAGCCAAAUUCUUACCAGCACCAUACAGAAGAAGCUUAAUGUGUCUUCCACUCAGCUUCUCUACCAAUCUGCUCCAUUUCAAGCAGCAAUUCUAUUUCUAACAGGCCCUCUUGUGGAUCAAAUGCUUGUCAACAAAAAUGUCUUUGCCUUCAAUUACACUCCUAUGCUCUUGGUAUUCAUAGUAUUAUCUUGUAUAAUAGCUGUAUCAGUAAACUUCAGCACAUUUCUAGUGAUUGGAAAAACAUCACCAGUAACCUAUCAAGUUCUAGGGCAUCUCAAGACUUGCCUUGUUCUUGGAGUUGGCUACUUAAUAUUAAAGGACCCUUUCACUUUUAGAAACAUCAUUGGCAUUCUUGUUGCCAUUUUUGGUAUGGCCUUGUACUCUUAUUUCUGCAUUCAAGACAAUACAAACAAACAAUCAAUCAAUGGAUCCUCCAUUGCCAUCUCAGGUAAAAGGCAAAGACGAUCAGCACUUUUAUUAAACGAACAAAAAGAGAAUAAUGAGCCCCUGAAAUCAAUAAGCAAAGACUCUGUUGUAUAAAAAUUAAGAAGAAACAUGCUCUUUUAGGUUGUGUUUGGAACGAAGACUGAGAUUAAGAUUGAAAAUUUAAGGUUGAGAGACAGAGACUAAAAGAUAAAGAUUAAAGCUUAUCUUAGUAUUAUAUUUAGUUUAAGAUAAAUAUGGAGAUUAAAAAAUAAAUUUAAAAAUUGAAAAGUUAAAUUAGAAUAUUUUAAAAAAAAAUAUUAUUAAAACUUUAAUCUUUAUCUCUAAAAAUUUUAGUCUCCUAUAUUCCUACUUUUUAGAGGUACUAAAGGAACUAAAAUUUUGUGUCUCGAAACUAAAAUUUUAAUUACAAUAUAUCUAAUUACAAAACCCAAUAUUAAAUUUCAGUCCUCAAUCUAUUAGUGCCUGAAAACAAACCUUGCUUUGUAACUUUAGUGUAGCUCACUGAAUUACUCUUAUUAAUAAUGUAUAUGUUAUAUAUAACACACCCAAAGUAGUAUUAAACUAUGAAUGAAAUUGUUAUCUUAUUUUAAUGGAAAGUUUAAAGUUUAGAGUUA